AUGAGCAGUCGUGGACGCUCAUUGAGGAGACUACAGUCUCAGACGGAAUUUCCGUUCAAAAUGGGCUUCUACACAACACUUCUACUGCUUCUACCUUCACUAGUUGCGGCACGAAAGCCAUCAACUCAGGGAUGCUGCUUCGGCACUUCAACUCUAAAACACGGAGAAGUAGCACUCAGUCUUCCUUCCUGCUGCCUCUCGCUAGUCUGUGAGAACGGACUCAUUCAAAAACACUUCGUCGGCGGCCCAGGAGCCUCUCUAUGCUGUGAAUUCGAUGGAUUAAUGUAUCAAAACGGCUCUAAGCUGGUAGCUCAGUGCAUCCCCUUAGUGUGUGUUGGCGGUGCCUGGACGCCAACUCAAAAGAUUGAAGAAUGCUGUAAACACUGCUACUUGUACAACGACCCACACAUUAAGACUUUCGACGGUUACUACUACAACUGGAAUGGAUUGUGCAACUAUUCUCUUGCCCAAAGUGACUUCAGCUACACUCCGGAAGUUGGGGUCUACAGUACCUUCCAGUUCUGCAAAGGUCACGCUUCAUGCCUCUCACAAACCACCUUUAAGGACAACGCUCAUACAGUGAUCACAAUUGAUUGCAGCUCGACAACCUUUGAUUUGUCAAUGGCGAUAAAUACACUGUACCACAAACGGUGUGUGGCUAAUGUUCAGUCUUCACAAGGUGCUCAACCAGUCCUGACAUGGAGAGAGACUGAUUGUAUUUACUUCCUGGGGUCUUCAAAAAUUGUGAUUCAACACUGCCCUGGUCGCCUCCACAUAUGGGCCUACCCCAGCCACACUAACCACCUAGACGGCCUGUGUGGUCACUUCAACUUCUACGAAGUGGAUGACUUCACAGACGACACCGCCGUCUAUCAACUCCAGUCCUUUCCUCUGGCUUUCCCAGAGUCUUGGCGGACCCGGCAUCAGGUUAAUACCCAUUGUUUACACUGCAACGGCUGUGACGCUCAAACUGCAGUGGACCCAUGUCAGCCAGCACCACUGAAGGAAGACUUGGCUCAGUGCCAAAGCUUAAUGAACCCCAUUAUAGGCAGGGACGUGGAGCUGGAGCCUCACGUUGAGGCGUGCGCCUGGGACUUGUGUAUGAUGCGAAGUACUGGAGCCACAGCCUCUCAGAUGUCAGACUGGCUAAUACAGCUUCAGAUUAUCCUCCAGCAAAUCAAGCUUAUCUUCGCAAGAACUCGUGAUUCAUGGGUGCCACAUGGUCCUCCUUCCUCCGGCACUUGUUCACCCGGCUCCUCGUGGAUGACAAACUGCAACACUUGCAGCUGUACCAGCCCAGGCACCCUAGUGCUUGCACAAAUUGUUUUAUGUCCCUUCUUGGCUGUCACGCAAAUUUGCACCAAACUGGAAUCAAGAUACAUGUGGUUCCACCUGGCCUUUUGUCCCACUGAUGUUAAUGGCCCUGUCACUGGGAUCGCUGCCCCACAUUUGCCCCCUGUAUUCCACAUAGACUGCCCCGCACAUGCCAAGUAG